AUGGAGAAUCAUUCAAACAAUUUAUUCAGAUUCAGUCUUGGUAACCUCAGAUUACCCAAAUCAGCAAAAUUAAGAGCAUUUGGAAUCUACUUGUCUGGUGGAUUAUUUGCAAUUGGGUUCUGGUCAUUAAUAGACUCGGCCAUAUAUUCCAAAACUGUAAAUGCAUCCGAUGUACAUGUGACUUUUAUUGAUUGGUUACCAUUUAUAUGUUCUUCAUUAGGUAUGUUGAUUGUUAAUUCAAUAGAAAAGAAUAACUUGAUGAAUAAUGAACAAGGAGGUGGCGCAGGCAUGUUUGAUGAUGGAACAAAUUAUGUUUGGGCUGCUAGGACUAUUUUGUUUUUGGGAUUUAGUUUGUUGGCUGGUGGACUUGCUGGUAGUUUUAUGGUUUUCAUUUUGAAAUAUUUAAUGAAGCAUUAUUCAUUCCCCACUUUAGGCAUGGGAGUUUCGAAUAUCGUUUGUAAUGGAUGUGUAAUGUUGAGUUGUAUUGUGUUAUGGCUAUCUCAAAAUAUUGAGGAUGAAUAUAGUUACAGUUUAGCAUUAUAA